CACCGAGGCUUCCUGUGCCCCAGCCUCAACUUCCCUCGUGUCUGGAGAGUGAUCACGUUCACCCCCAAAGACAUCCUCUGGGGAUACUUGCUGUGGGAUUCACAGUGGGGUGCAGAGGAGACCCCGCAGACGCACGGACUAUAAGAGAGCUCUGUGCGGCUGCGCCUCAGGGGUGUCCUGGCCCCUGGGCUCCACAUGCGUUUUACUGGACGGUUGACCACCGUUCCAGAAUCCUCUGAAGAUAUACAGUCGCCGCUAGAGUGAGACCUGGGUACUGCGGUGGGGCAGGAUGGCCAGAGAACCGAGAAAAAACGCAGCCCUGGACGCCCAGUCUGCAGCGGACAAGACGGGGCUCCUGACCGUGAAGGUGGAGAAGGAGGACGCGUCCGCCUUGACGGUGGAGCUGAGCGCACCCGGCAGCCCUGCUGGGGGCCCCGAGCACUUGCGCCAGCGCUUCCGAGGCUUUCGCCUCCCGGCGGCUGCAGGCCCUCGCGAGGCGCUGAGCCGGCUCCGAGAGCUCUGCCGACAGUGGCUGCAGCCUGAGAUGCACAGCAAGGAGCAGAUCCUGGAGCUGCUGGUGCUGGAGCAGUUCCUGACCAUCCUGCCGGGGAACGUGCAGAGCUGGGUGCGGGAGCAGCAUCCAGAGAGCGGGGAGGAGGUGGUGCUGCUGCUGGAGUAUUUGGAGAGGCGGCGGGAUGAGCCGGCACCGCAGGUUCCAGUUGGUGACCAGGGGCAAGAACUGCACUGUUGCAAUACGGCACUAUUGACACAAACUCAAAGAUCUCAGAGCAGCCAAUGCCAGCCAAUGAAGGCUCUGUUCAAGCGUGAAUCUCUGGGAUCCCAGCCCUUACAAGACAGAGUUCUCCAGGUUCCUGGGCUUGCCCAGGGAGGGCACUGCAGAGAAGAUGCAAUGGUAGCUUCCAAGCUCACUCCAGGGUCCCAGGAGUUGCUGAAAAUGGAAGAUGAGGCCCUGACCCUCUCUCCUGGGUGGACACAGCUGGAUUCAUCUCAGGUGAACCUCUACAGAGAUGAAAAGCAGGAGAACCAUAGCAGCCUGGUCUCUCUUGGUGGUGAAAUACAGACUAAGAGCAGGGACUUGCCUCCCGCUGAGGAGCUUCCAGAAAAGGAGCAUGGGAAGAUUUCGUGCUGCCUGAGUGAAGACAUUGCCCAGAUUCCUACAUGUGCAGAAGCUGGUGAACAGGAGGGCAGGUUACAAAGAAAGCAGAAAAAUGCCAUAGGGAGUAGGCGACAUUAUUGCCAUGAAUGUGGAAAGAGUUUUGCUCAAAGUUCAGGCCUGACUAAACACAGGAGAAUCCAUACUGGUGAGAAGCCCUACGAAUGUGAAGACUGUGGGAAGACCUUCAUUGGGAGCUCUGCCCUUGUCAUUCAUCAGAGAGUCCAUACUGGUGAGAAGCCAUAUGAGUGUGAAGAAUGUGGUAAGGUCUUCAGUCACAGCUCAAACCUUAUCAAACACCAGAGAACCCACACUGGGGAGAAGCCCUAUGAGUGUGAUGACUGUGGGAAGGCUUUCAGUCAGAGCUGCAGCCUCCUUGAACAUCACAAAAUUCAUACUGGGGAGAAGCCAUACCAGUGCAAUAUGUGCGGCAAAGCUUUUAGGCGGAAUUCACAUCUCCUGAGACAUCAGAGGAUUCAUGGUGAUAAAAAUUCUCAGAAUCCUGAGCAUGGAAUGCCCUGGGAAGGUCAGAGUAGGACAGAAAGCCACUGGGAAAAUGUUGAGGCUCCAGUGUCUUAUAAAUGUAAUGAAUGUGAGAGAAGUUUCACACAGAAUCGAAGUCUUAUUGAACAUCAAAAAAUCCACACUGGUGAGAAACCCUAUCAGUGUGACACAUGUGGAAAAGGUUUCACUCGAACUUCAUACCUUGUUCAACAUCAGAGAAGCCAUGUAGGGAAAAAAAUUCUUUCACAGUGACCCAUGGUAUUCAUGCCAACAUUGGUGCUCAUUUGUCUUUGAACCGAGGCUACCCUGGAGCCCUUAAUGGUUACAGAAGUUAUUUACCACUAUACAUCAUCAGGUAUUGGAAAAUGUAGUCUGGCUGAGAUGAUGAGUUAUCAUCUACAUUCUAGAAAGUGAUUGGAAGAAGUCAUUUGAUAGGAGGCCAUAGGAGAGUUGUCUGGAAGUUGUAGAACCUAAAAUAGUUUGUUCUCACCCAGUGGAUUUAAAUGGCCUUCUGGACUGGCUAAUUGCCCUCAGCCAGCACUUUUAUGACAUCUGGUUGGAUGGCCCUGAUCUGGGGGCUGCUGCUCUGACCAUUUAUUUUGCCUCCAAUGAAUCUUUCACAACUUGUUCAGAUCCAUGAGGUCUUUUACUUCCCAUUGUGCCUUGUAUAUAGGUGCUAAUAAACAUUUAUUAAAUGUACCAGUAAAAUGACCUUUGUA